UAGAAACCUGACCUAACCUAAUCGAACCGAAUCGAAUCGAACCGAACCGACCGAACCUAACGUCUUCUCUUCCGCCGCCCCCAACAUCUGCUCUGCGAUCUCAUCGCAUCCGAUCUCCUUGAGAAACCCUAAACCCUAGCCAUGCAAUCUCUUCGCCCCAACUCCAAGCUCCUCCUAAGUUCCCCUUCUCUCCUCCGCUACAUUUACUCUCAACAUCCGAAGCCGAAACCUUUCCCCCCACAAGAGCCGAGCUCCGCCUACUACGACAGUCUCGUUCGCGAAGCCGCCGGCAACAGGGACUUCGCCGCCAUCCGCCACCUCCUCAACAAGCGCGUCAGGGAUGGUUUCUUCAACACCGCCAACACCUUCAACUUCCUGGCCACCGACCCCUCCAUAAUCCCCCACCUCUGCCUAACCCUAGCUCAACUCGACAAAGGCUUCGCCAGAAAGAGCGCGUACGACUCUCUAAUCGCUUCUCUCUGCAAGCUGCAUCGCACCGAACUCGCCCUGGACGUGGUCGAUGGGAUGGUCCGGGAUGGCCACGGCGCGAACGCCUGCACGUUCCAUCCCAUUCUCAAUGCUCUCAGUAGGAAGAAGAGGAUGGACGAGGCGUGGCGCGUGCUGGACUUGAUGAAAGAGAACCGAAUCCCGCCCGAUCGAACGGCCUACAACUAUCUCCUCACUGCUUACUGCUGCGCCGGAGAUUUGUCGUCGGCCGCCGGAUUGUUGACGAGGAUGGCGGAGGAGGAAGGGCUGGAGGCGGAUGCGAGAACAUACGAUGCGCUGGUUCUGGGGGCGUGUAAGGCGGGGAAGGUGGAAGGUGCUAUCGUGGUGCUGAGAAGGAUGGAGGACGAUGGAGUGCCGCCGUUGUACUCCACCCACGCUCAUGUCGUUGGCGGCUUACUGAAAAUGGGGUUCUAUUCGCAGGCGGUUGAGUUUGUCAUGAGCUAUGCCGGAAGGGACAGAGGACUCGACACUGAGAACUUUGGCCUUCUGAGCAGCCGCCUGAUUGAUUUGAAACGGUUUGACGAGGCUAGAUUGGUUUUGAAGGAGAUGGAGAAGAUGGGUCUCAGAAUUCGUUCUGCCAAAUUGAAAGAGUUCGUUCCUGGGCUAAAUGUCAAAGAUUGAAGACUAAUUUAUUGACCAUAUACAGGACAAGUAUCUAAUCGUCUAAGGAAAUGAAGCAGGGAUUGACCCACUUAUUAAUCUCAAGGGAUAUAUACUUGGCAACCCAUCAACAAAUUAUGUCAAGGAGAGAAAUUAUGACAUCCCAUUUGCUCAUGGAAUGGGGCUUAUUUCAGAUGAGCUCUAUGAG